UAACCAUGCGGAGUGCAUGUACUGAAAAAAGCAAAAAAAAAAUGCUUCGAAUCAAAGCUGUAUGAAACAAGUGAAGUGAAGCGGUUACAGUGUAACUUGUUCUAUCGUUCUCAAAGUUUAUUAGUUAUUUCAACAAACGCUGUGACAAAAUGGCCCUUAACCUUGGAGACCAAUUUCCGAACUUUAACGCAGAUACUACAAUAGGAAAGAUAGAUUUCUAUCAGUGGGUUGGCAGCUCCUGGGCAAUUAUAUUUUCACAUCCUGCCGAUUUCACUCCGGUUUGCACCACGGAGCUAUCUGCCGUAGCAAGACUAGUUCCGGAGUUCGCAAAACGCAACGUUAAACCAAUUGCCCUUUCCUGUGAUUCGGUCGAAACGCACAAACAGUGGAUUACCGACAUUAAAGCAUACGGCAAGCUGGAUAGUUUUGACUAUCCUAUCAUCGAUGACGAGAAGCGCGAACUAGCGGUCAAAUUAAAUAUGCUGGACAAGGACGAAAUAGGAGCCGCCGGUUUACCGCUAACGUGCCGUGCCGUCUUUGUUGUCGAUCAUAAUAAAAAAUUACGACUCUCGCUACUCUACCCGGCUACAACCGGGCGUAACUUCGUCGAAAUUUUAAGGGUGAUUGAUUCGAUGCAGUUAACUGAUAAGAAGAAGGUAGCAACGCCGGCAGAUUGGAUUCAAGGUCAGGAAUGCAUGGUUCAGCCCAGUGUAAAGGAGGAAGAGCUGGUUUCGCUGUUUCCGACUGUGACUAAUGUGGAAUUACCUUCGGGUAAACAGUAUCUACGUAAAACGACCGUCUAACGGUUGGUUGUCAAUAAUCAUGACUUGGCAAAUUCGAAUCUUUUUAUCACAAGGCUAUAAGCUUUUUCAAUAAAGAUGUACUUACAAUAA